AUGCGUCUUUCCGCUCUCAUCCCCGUCGCCUUGGCUAGCUUGGCUCUGGCUUUGCCCCAGGCCUCGUCUGGUGUUCUCAAGCCCGCCGAGAACCCCCCCGCUGGAUGCUCUACCAGUUACACUGGCAACUUCGGUCUUACCGUCGUCGAGUUGGGCAAGCGCAGUCUCGAUAAGCGAAGCUCUUGCACCGGAUCUGGCUCGCUGGACCUCACCCUCAAGGACAGUGUCCUCACCGAUUCCAAGGGUCGCACUGGCUCCAUCGUCGCCAACUUUCAGUUCCAGUUCGAUGGUCCUGCUCAAGCCGGCGCUAUCUACACUUCUGGCUUCUCCGUCUGUGCCAAUGGUUCCCUCGCCCUUGGCGGCUCGACCACCUUCUAUCGCUGCCUGUCUGGAGACUUCUACAACCUGUACGACCGUCACUGGGCUGAACAGUGCUCUCCCAUUAUCCUGUCGGCUCUCCCUUGCGGCGCGGAAGCUCCCGCUCCUUCUGGCGGACAGAUUGUCGGUACUACAAUGGUAGUCACCACGGUCGUUACCGUCAUCGGAGAUGGUCAGCCCCAGGUUGUCCCCACGACCAUCCCCGUCCCCCUUUGCCAGAUUGGCGACGGCCAGGUCCAGGGCCAUACCACUCCCUGCGGCGAGCUUCCCCCGGUUACUGUCACGCCCUCCGUCCCCGCCGCCAGUCAACCCCCCUACACUCCUCCUGGAACUCCCGUGGCUCCUCCUGGAACCCCCGUGGCUCCUCCUGCGUCCACCGCGCCCAGCGUCCCGCCCGUCUCUACCUCGCCGGUGCCUGUUCCCGUCCCUUCGUCUCCCGUCAACAGCACGGCGGUUAUUACUACGCCUGGAACCACCCCGACCACGCCUGCCACCACGACCACCCCGGCGGCGCCUUCUGUUGCUGCCGGCCAGAACCUGGCUCCGGCCUCGUUCGUUGCUCUCGUUGCUACCCUGAUGGCGGUUGUUUGCCUUAUCUAA